UGCCGCAGUGACAGUGCUGGGGGAGUCGGAAGAUGGCGGCGUCGCGUCGCUCACAGCAUCAUCACCACCAUCAUCAACAACAGCUCCAGCCCGCCCCAGGGGCUUCGGCGCCGCCGCCGCCACCUCCCCCGCCCCUCAGCCCGGGCCUGGCCCCGGGGACCACACCGGCCUCCCCGACGGCCGGCGGCCUGGCCCCCUUCGCCUCCCCGAGGCACGGCCUAGCGCUGCCGGAGGGGGAUGGCAGUCGGGACCCGCCCGACAGGCCCCGAUCCCCGGACCCGGUGGACAGCCCCGGCUGUGGCGGCAGCACCGGCGCAGCGUGCCCGGCCGUCGCCGGCGCCGUGGUCCCGGCCACGUCGGCCUCAGCUGCGGUCGGGGUCGCUCCCAACCCCGCCGGUGGCGGCGGCGGCGCUAACAAUUCCCCGUCGUCCACUUCUUCCCCGACGUCUUCCUCCUCUUCCUCUCCAUCCUCCCCGGGCUCGAGCCUGGCCGAGAGCCCCGAGGCGGCCGGAGGGAGCGUCACGGCAGCUCUGGGGCCCGGGGCUGCGGGAGCCGGGCCGGGGGUCCCGGCCGUGAGCGGCGCCCUGCGGGAACUGUUGGAGGCCUGUCGCAAUGGGGACGUGUCCCGGGUGAAGAGGUUGGUGGACGCCGCGAACGUAAACGCCAAGGACAUGGCCGGCAGAAAGUCUUCUCCCCUGCACUUCGCCGCAGGUUUUGGAAGGAAGGACGUGGUAGAACACUUACUACAGAUGGGUGCUAAUGUCCAUGCUCGUGAUGAUGGAGGUCUCAUCCCACUUCAUAAUGCCUGCUCUUUUGGUCAUGCUGAGGUAGUAAGCCUGUUACUGUGCCAGGGAGCAGAUCCGAAUGCCAGGGAUAACUGGAACUACACACCUCUGCAUGAAGCUGCUAUUAAAGGGAAGAUCGAUGUCUGUAUUGUGCUGCUGCAGCACGGAGCUGAUCCAAACAUUCGGAACACUGACGGGAAGUCAGCUCUGGACCUGGCAGACCCUUCAGCAAAAGCCGUCCUUACAGGUGAAUACAAGAAAGACGAACUCCUAGAAGCUGCUAGGAGUGGUAAUGAAGAAAAACUAAUGGCUUUACUGACUCCUCUCAAUGUGAAUUGCCAUGCAAGUGAUGGACGAAAGUCUACUCCUUUACAUCUAGCAGCAGGCUACAACAGAGUCCGGAUAGUCCAGCUUCUUCUCCAGCAUGGUGCCGACGUUCAUGCAAAAGACAAGGGUGGACUUGUGCCUCUUCACAAUGCGUGCUCCUAUGGACAUUAUGAAGUCACAGAACUGCUACUAAAACAUGGAGCUUGUGUCAAUGCUAUGGACCUCUGGCAGUUCACUCCACUACAUGAGGCUGCUUCCAAGAACCGGGUAGAAGUUUGCUCCUUAUUACUGAGCCACGGUGCAGACCCUACAUUAGUCAACUGCCAUGGCAAAAGUGCUGUGGAUAUGGCUCCAACUCCUGAGCUUCGGGAAAGACUGACUUAUGAAUUUAAAGGUCAUUCUUUACUACAAGCAGCCAGAGAAGCCGACCUAGCCAAGGUUAAAAAAACACUUGCUUUGGAAAUCAUUAAUUUUAAACAACCACAGUCUCAUGAAACAGCAUUGCAUUGUGCUGUGGCUUCCUUGCAUCCCAAACGAAAACAAGUGACAGAAUUGUUACUUAGAAAAGGAGCCAAUGUCAAUGAAAAAAAUAAAGAUUUCAUGACACCCCUGCAUGUUGCCGCUGAAAGAGCUCAUAACGACGUCAUGGAAGUACUACAUAAGCAUGGAGCAAAGAUGAAUGCACUGGACACCCUUGGUCAGACUGCUUUGCAUAGAGCUGCCCUGGCAGGUCACCUGCAAACCUGCCGCCUCUUGUUGGGUUACGGCUCUGAUCCCUCCAUCAUCUCCCUACAAGGCUUUACAGCAGCUCAGAUGGGAAACGAAGCUGUGCAGCAGAUUCUGAGUGAGAGUACCCCUGUGCGUACUUCGGAUGUUGACUAUAGACUCCUAGAGGCAUCAAAAGCUGGUGACUUGGAAACUGUGAAGCAACUUUGUAGCCCUCAAAAUGUGAAUUGCAGAGAUCUGGAGGGCCGACACUCAACGCCCUUGCACUUUGCUGCUGGCUAUAAUCGCGUAUCUGUUGUGGAGUACCUUCUACACCACGGCGCUGAUGUCCACGCCAAAGACAAAGGUGGCUUGGUGCCCCUUCAUAAUGCCUGUUCCUAUGGGCACUAUGAGGUGGCUGAGCUUCUAGUAAGACACGGAGCUUCUGUCAAUGUGGCGGACCUGUGGAAAUUUACCCCUCUUCAUGAAGCAGCAGCUAAAGGAAAAUAUGAAAUCUGCAAGCUCCUUCUAAAACAUGGAGCAGAUCCAACUAAAAAGAACAGAGAUGGAAAUACACCUCUGGAUCUGGUCAAAGAAGGAGAUACAGACAUUCAGGACUUACUUAGAGGGGACGCUGCACUGUUGGAUGCUGCCAAGAAGGGCUGCCUGGCUAGAGUACAGAAGCUUUGUACUCCAGAAAAUAUCAACUGCAGAGACACACAGGGGAGAAACUCAACCCCCCUGCAUCUGGCAGCAGGCUAUAAUAACCUGGAGGUAGCUGAAUAUCUUCUAGAGCAUGGAGCAGAUGUUAAUGCCCAGGACAAAGGCGGCUUAAUUCCUCUUCAUAAUGCAGCAUCUUAUGGGCAUGUCGACAUAGCAGCAUUACUGAUAAAAUACAACACCUGUGUAAAUGCAACAGAUAAGUGGGCAUUUACACCUCUUCAUGAAGCAGCCCAGAAAGGAAGGACUCAGUUGUGUGCCCUGCUCCUGGCACAUGGGGCAGACCCGACCAUGAAGAACCAGGAAGGCCAGACGCCUUUAGAUCUGGCAACAGCUGAUGACAUCCGCGCCUUGCUGAUAGACGCCAUGCCCCCUGAGGCCUUACCUACUUGUUUUAAACCUCAGGCAACUGUAGUGAGUGCAUCUCUCAUUUCACCAGCAUCCACCCCCUCCUGCCUCUCCGCUGCCAGCAGCAUAGAUAACCUCACUGGCCCAUUAGCUGAGCUGGCCGUGGGAGGGGCCUCCAAUGCAGGGGAUGGCACAGCCGGUACAGAAAGGAAAGAAGGAGAAGUUGCUGGGCUUGACAUGAAUAUCAACCAGUUUCUUAAAAGCCUUGGCCUUGAGCAUCUUCGGGAUAUCUUUGAAACAGAACAGAUUACACUAGAUGUAUUGGCUGAUAUGGGUCAUGAAGAGUUGAAAGAAAUAGGGAUCAAUGCAUAUGGACAUCGCCACAAAUUAAUCAAAGGAGUCGAAAGACUUUUAGGUGGACAACAAGGAACGAACCCUUACUUGACUUUUCACUGUGUAAAUCAGGGAACUAUCUUGCUAGAUCUUGCUCCAGAAGACAAAGAAUAUCAGUCAGUAGAGGAAGAGAUGCAGAGUACUAUUCGAGAACAUAGAGAUGGUGGGAAUGCUGGGGGCAUCUUCAACAGAUACAAUGUCAUCCGAAUUCAAAAGGUUGUCAACAAAAAGUUGAGGGAGCGAUUCUGUCACAGACAGAAAGAGGUGUCUGAGGAGAACCACAACCAUCACAACGAACGCAUGCUGUUCCAUGGUUCACCUUUCAUUAAUGCCAUUAUUCAUAAAGGGUUUGAUGAGCGACAUGCAUACAUAGGAGGAAUGUUUGGAGCCGGAAUUUACUUUGCAGAAAACUCCUCAAAAAGCAACCAGUAUGUCUAUGGGAUCGGAGGAGGAACAGGCUGUCCCACACACAAAGACAGAUCAUGUUACAUAUGCCACAGACAAAUGCUUUUCUGUAGAGUGACACUUGGAAAAUCCUUUCUGCAAUUCAGCACCAUGAAAAUGGCCCAUGCCCCUCCAGGACAUCACUCAGUUAUUGGCAGACCAAGUGUUAAUGGGCUGGCAUAUGCGGAAUAUGUUAUCUACAGAGGAGAACAGGCAUACCCAGAGUAUCUCAUCACCUACCAAAUCAUGAAGCCAGAAGCCCCUUCCCAGACCGCCACAGCUGCCGAGCAGAAAACCUAGUGAAUGCCCACUGGUAAUGACCAGUGUGAAUUCAAACCUGGGACUGGACUGCCAUGGAUUGUUUCCAACAGAAACACCAAUGUUCUAUAAAUCUCUGACAGCCUGGAAAUACGCUGUUUGGCUUUUCUAAAGCAUUGCGGUAGUGAUGAACACAGCGUGAGUAACUGACGCGCACUUGACUGCUACUGUCCCUUCAUGGAAAUGUUUACAGGGCGGCCUUGGAACACAUCUCGGGCUCAUUUUCAUUGCAGUUACCCAUUGCUAAAGUAAGAUUGCCUUGAUCAAGACUUAGAAAUGGGAGAAGAGAAAACAUAACUAAUACUGUUCUGAAUUGGAUUUAUGCACUACAUCUGCUUUGCUGUGUGUGGCACAUGUAUAGCAAAUGUGCACAUAGAACAGGCUCAGUUUUUAGUUUUUCCAAACAUGCAUCUGCCGUAUUUUGUUGUUGUUGCUGUUAUUUUGAAAAUGGGCCGGAGCCUUCCUGAGGAGAUUUUGCACAAAGUCACACUGACUGAAAUUGUUUAACAAUGCAGCCCAGCUUCUGGCUGAGCAAGACUGUUUCCACUUUUCUGUUGCUGUUGGGUUUUUAUCUUGUGAACAUAAAUUGAGGUGAAAAGGAAAAGCAUUAAAUUUUAGUUUCCUUUUUAUAAAUUGUUGGCCCAUCUUAUAAAAGAAGGUACAAAUGCCACCUUGAUUAAGGCUCUCCCAAGUUGAGACAGGUUGAAGCCAUUGGGCCACUUGCUCUUCCCUGUACUGUGCCGUGCACAGGGCCAUACUGCAAAGUCCAGAAGACUUCGAGAGCACUGUCAGGGAUCUGUUUGGGAGAGGCCACCAUGUCUCCUCCCCAGGUAAAUGACCCUUUGUCGAGGCUGUGAAAGAAGGGCCAACUAAAGUGGAGGAGCAGGUGGCUUUGUCACUGCAGCCUGGAAGGAGUGAGGGGGAGGGAGGCUCAAACCAUAAAUACUGCACUCAGUCAGGACCACCAGAAUUGCCGUCCCUAAAAUUAGCUGCCUUACUUCCAGAGUCAGGGGAACUAUUGUCCUUUGUUAGGGUCUCCAAAGUGGAACUUUUCUCUCUAUUUACAAUGCUAAGAUUCAACCCCUGUGAAAUAAAUAGAUCCACACAAAUGUAAGAACUUUUCUUUUGACUCCAGAUUUGGAGUUAUUUUCAGCAACAUGUUUCAAAUAGUUUAUAAAGAACCCUGCACUAAAUUUUUGAAUCAUUUCUUUAAACUUUUCAAUAUAUUUACACAAGGAGAACAAAAGUCGAAGCCAAAGCCCUUUCACUUAUUUUUGUAAUGCACCUGACAGAGAACUGCCACAUGUCCUUGUGAAAGUAUUGCUUGAGUCCAUUGCCAAGUGCACAUCGAUGCUGAUAACCCAUCCAUUACAUUCUUUAUGCUUGCCCUGUUCACCAUAACUGAAUAUAAAGUCCUGAAAACUAAUCUGAGGUGGUGGUGUUUUUUUACAGUGGUUUUGUUUUGUUUCUUUACUGCAGGGUGGUUAAGCUCUAACCUCCUGCAUUUCCCAGCUCAAGUCCAUUGUUAGAACUAGGUGUCCAAUUUGAGUUUUGUAGGUGAGUCUUGCAAGGGUCUUCAAAACUGCAUCAAGAAUUAUCCUCAGUUGUAGCUUCUGUUGAGAUUUCAACAACCCAAGCCAAGUGGUCAUGUCUUGGUUGUGUGUUUAAUAGCAUCUAGAAUUCCAUGUAAGGUUUCAUGCUUGGAUAUUCAUUCAGAGAUCUUUUUUGCUGUGCAACAGGUUGAAGAAGGUGCCAUUUGUGUGGUUUCAGGAGCUGUGAAGUGUGUACUGCUUGCCCCACCCCUACGUAGUUGAAAAUGCAAAACACAGCUGUGAUUAUUAUUAUUUUUUUUUUAGUUAAGAGUUAAUGUGGUAUACAUACCAAAAGCUUUAUAGUUCCAUUAAAAAGAUAAACCUGUACCCAGCUGUGGCUUAACGUUGUGUCAUUUCCAUCAUACUAACUAGAUAAUGAAUGUGCCAGUUUUAAACUUGGGCCUUACACUUGAGAAGUUAAACUGUGGUUCACUAUUUAAACUGUCAUGUCAGUGCUGUAUACCUGAUAUCCUGUGUGCCGAGUAAAGGCUCUGUAAAAGGAAGACAUUUGCAAUGCUCUGGUCUUGUAAUGAUUCAAAUAUGUAGUUCUUAAAAGAAUGUGAUAAAGAGAGUGGGUUAGUGAUACAUUACAGGAACAAAAUAGGUGUUUUCAAAAGUUGAAAGCCAAAGGUCUUCAAAAACAUACUCAAGUUAGCAAAAAUUGAUUUAAGUUUAGAAUUUCCAAUGUUUGCAAGGUCAAGGCCCCUCUGGCUGAAAUCUGUCUUAGUUUCUUGCGCAUAUACUACUCAGACUCCCUGGAUUGGCCUCUUGGCCUCCCAGACAAAAGGGCAGAGGAAUGUGAAAAUGUUCACUGGCUUCAGCUCAAAGAACUCCUUCAGACCUGUUACUCCAGUUUACCAGGUUUGGGCCAGCUGGGUGCUGAACUCAGGCAUAAAUCAAGUCCCCAGGACACUUCUCCUUGUACUUGAUCCUUGCCCUUCCCAGUGGCUGGUCUUGAAUUAGAAAAACCUGCAGUCUUGGACUCCACUUAUCUUCGUCCUUUCUUUGUUUGGGUAUCACAGAAGGAACCUUGGUCUCUUCAUUUUCACGUCACAACAAGAACUGGGUUUAGGCCCCCCUAAAUCCUCUGCUCAGAAGACAGCGUAGAGGCCAGUGUUUUAUUUCUAUGCAAAAUGAUAGCAGUCCACCAGGAUCCCCCCCUUCUCUUCCCUUCUUAAAGUUGAGUGUCGAGCAGCAUGGACAGAAUAAACCAUGUGUUCUCAUGGUGAGUGUCCUUGUGCUCCCUGGAGCUUGUUACGCGGUUCUUUCUGCUGUCAUAGUAGUAAAGUGCAUUGAACAUACAGAAAAAGGCUUGAGUAUAGUAAGCAAAUAAAGUAAUAUCAAUUAAUGUAUUCUAGAUAAUAUACAAAAAAUAAAAUUUUGGUCAAUGCUAGAAAGUAGCAUUAGAACAUAAUAAAUUAUCUAGGUUUUUCCUCUAGUUCAGUAUGUUCCCCAGUUGCAUGAAGUAAUUAGACACUGUUCCCACUCCCUUUUAAACACAAACAUUGUUUGAAUUCCUAGAAAUGGCCUCGCAAAUGGAAAUGGUGUGUAUUCUUAAGCACUUUUCCCCCCAAUGCACCUAGAUCCCAUUUGUGUGAUAUCUGGUAACAGCCUUCUUACUGUCUUUUCUGUCUCCCAUAAAGCUAGGGAGUAGUCAUCAGCAAAUAGUCAAAAUUGAUGUUAAAACCAGUUUCAUGUGUCAAAAAUUUAAAGACUGAAGUCUGUUGGAUGUCAAAUCAAUGACAAAGAAGUGAAAGUAACAUCUAAACUAUUCUUAGAAUAUGAAAAGGAAAUACAUUUUUUAAAAAAUGCCAUUCUGAAAAGUGAGGCUUCUUCAGACAACUUGUACACUCUGCAGUUAAUAGGCAAAUGGAAUUUUUUCUUGUUAAGAAAGCCUUAAUUAUGGCAGAAACUUUUUAAAUUUUAUAUUUUUGAGAUUAAACAUUGUGAUUACAUUUCUUAGUGUUUGAAAUGUGCCCAUGGGUUAGGUAUGUUUAUGCAUUUCAUACCUAGUAGUAUAUUAUAUGAGGGUUUCUGUCUUAAGUAAAAUGCCCACAGUGGAGAUGAUGUCAUCAAUACAUUGCAAUUUCUCCAUGUGAAAUGCCUUGGCUGCCAGAUCAUCUGGUUUGGAGAAAUGCUAGAGAAAGACUGACUUCAAGGCCUGUUAUUUACAUGUGGGUUAGACUGUAUGUGAUACCAUGUAGAGUUUAAGUGUACAAGCUGGGCUUUAAUCAUUUUAAAGUAUACUAUAUAUUAAACUGAAAACAGUAGUAAGCUGAAGAUUUUAUAUAUGCUCUAUAAGACCAAAUAUGGCCAUAGUGUGACCAAUUUUAUACUUCUUCCAUCAAGUUCUGCGAAACUCCUUUGAGAUGACAUUGGCACUCUAGAAAUGGUUUAAUUUUGAUUCUUGGUUCUUCCACCUUCUCCUCUGUCUGUUUUUUGCUUUACACUUCACAUCUCCAUGCUCACCCCUCCACCAUCCUUCCAAAGACUUGUCUGUCAUCUUCCAGAAUUUAGAUUGUUCUGUUAUCUGUCUACCCCUUUCCUCCAGCAGCCCUAAAUGUCCUUUGUGGAUUCAUUUUCAGUGAUGGGGUAUUCCUGCACCCUAACCAAUAUAUAAGAUGACAAGCUAGGAGAUGCCACAGCAAAAGAAAGGAACUGAAGUCUUUGAGGUUAAUAGCUUGGGCAUAGGAGGUUACCUCAACCGUAUAACCAUUGUACUCAUUAUGUGACCCAUGUGCAUCUAAUUCCUGCUUUUACUCCCAUUGUUUUAUAUUCAUCUUUGUGGUGGUAAUCCUUGUCUUUAACAUCUACAAAACUAAAAGGUACUUUGAUUAACAAGGGUUUUCAAAAAUAUUUAUAAAACCAGCUUUGAGGAAAUCGUGAAUGUUUCCUGGCAACAUGUGGAGUAGUAAUUGUGUUUUCUUAUUGUGAAUGUUAGUCUGUGUAAGUACAAUGUAGUGACCUUUGGUUUGAUGUUUGUGUUUUUUUAUUUUUAGUAUCUGUGUUACCCACCAGUGAAAGUGGGUUCCAACCCUGCUACAUUUGUCUCUCUGUAGCAUUAUUAGACAAAAUAUGAGAUGCCCAGUUAGAGUUGAAUUUCAGACAUUUUUAAGCAUACAUAUGUUCAUGUAAUAUUUGAUGUAUCUUUACAUUUAAAAUAUUGCUCCUCUGAAAUUCAGAUUUAACUGACCAUCCUGGUUUUUUUGUUGUUGUUGUGCUUUGUUUUUCUAAAUCUGACAUCCCUAGCAGUUUGAUCAUGGAAAGAUGAUGCUCACAGCAUGUAAGCUCUUCUGUUUUUCAUAUCUUUCACGUGGAAUGGAAGACCUUUUUUUUUUUCUUACCUUCUACAUGUUUCUAAAAGAGGGCAUCAAGGAACUUAACCAGUCUCCAUGGUGGGUUUCUAUUUAAAACAUCUCUGUGAUUAUAUUUAACCUGUAAUUAUUGUGCUUUGGCUUAACGUCUAACUUACAGUACUUGUAAUUGAUUAAUACUCAAUAAAAACAUUUUUAAACUACA